UUACACGUCACUGUGGUGGUAAAGUUAGCUUGUAGCAACGUCUCCCGAUGCGGAAGUCUACAAGGAAGGACGAAAAAUUUCUGACAAUUUUUAAGAAAUGAAAGUAGCGAACGGAAUUUAUAUUAACGAAACGGAGUAAAAGUACCUUGACUAAUCUGCGUAAACACUCCAGGAAAUUACAAAGGUGGAACGGUGAUCCAGCAGUUGAGCAUGGCCUCACAGUUCUGAGGACUGGGGUUCAAAUCCCAGCCCCACCUGUGUGGAGUUUGCAUGUUACCCCGGUGGGUUUUUUGUGAGCAGUCUGCUGUACUCCCAUAUCCCAAAAACAUGCAUGCUUCAAAAGAUUACUCAGGACAUCCAAAAAAAUGAUGACAGCUACCUGAAUAAACUAAAAAGAUUGAAAAGCAAACCAGCUCCAGAAGUACCUGUGAGAGACUACAGAGAUGAGGUGAUGGUGGAUAUGGAGGAUUUUUCUGGAAUGGAAUAUGAUCAUGAUACGUAUGACAAUGCACUGCAAGAGCACGACAUCAACUAUGAGCCGCCUCCCUGCUGCAAAGUCUUCACCAGAACCCCUUCGUCAUCUUUCCUAACAGGGGAUUACCUUGACAGCUGCCUUAAUGAACGAAACCUGGAACACAGAAAGGCCUUCAAAUGGGGCAAAGAAUCUCGACAACUGCCCUCAGAGCCCUCCCAUGUGAACAGUAAUGAAGAAGACUAUAUCAAUCCAGAUGGCAGUAAUGAGGAUAGCAACUAUGUAGAACCUGCAGAGAACUUCGCUCCUAUUAUCCGAGUUUGGGUUGCAGGACCAGUUGUUUUACCAAGGACACCCAGUCUUCCCUUUCCCCAGCCACUUCAUGCCGGUCUUCUGGGGGGAUCCCAUGAAGUUCACAGGCCAACCGAGAGACAAAAUUUGUAUGAAGUGACAAAGAAAGAGGAUACCAUGUUAAGACAUGUUUCAGCAAACAGAGCAAAAAUGGGGAGAUCAUGCGACACUGACCAGCAGGCUGAAAGUGACUCAAGAUAUGAAGUGUGGAAUCAUGACAAUAAGCAACCUCCUCCAUUCCCACCUAAACCUUUGCCAAGAGGGUCGCCGAACUCUCCCUUUAAACUGGCACAAGAUGUAAAGCAGAGAGACUGUGAUCGACAAACGCAUCCAAUGACUUCUCCUGAUCUCAACUCACAUCCUCCAAAAUCCUUCACUCUGGACAAACAGACAAAGAUACCUCUUCCAAAUGUUACCUUCUCCAAACGAACCAGCAGUGAGUCUGUUGAAAAUGGGGCCACAGAUCAAGACAAGGAUGCAGAUGUCUAUGGGAAGCCAUGGUUUGCUGGGGAAUGUGACCGCAAGACUGCUGACCAGUUGUUGUUUCACGCAAAUAAAGAUGGGGCCUUCAUGGUGAGGAAAAGUUCAGGACAGGACACAAAUCAGCCCUAUACGUUGGUAGUUUAUAAUAAGGGGAGAGUGUACAACAUCCCAGUCCGGUAUAUACACACAAGGCAGCAGUAUGCACUGGGAAGAGAGAAGAAAGGAGAAGAGUUUUUCCACAGCAUCUCUCAAAUCAUCAAGAACCACCAGAAGAACCCUCUGGUCCUGAUAGACAGCAAGAGCAACAGCAAAGAUGCUGCCCACCUGCGUUUUCCUAUGAAACAACCAACAACUUCUGGACAUCAAGGCCACAGUUUAGAUGCAUUCUCGCCUAGGUGUAAUGCCCACAUGGUCAAUUUGUGGCACUAAAUUAGCAAGACUCAGAAGA